AUGCCCCGUCCUGGACCUCCUCCUCCCCGUUCUGGAUCUGGGCGCCCACGGCGCCCCGACACCGUCGCUGGAGCCACCGCGCCGCCACCUCGCCGGACACCAUCGCCUACGUCCACCCCGUCGCCGGACCUCGUCGCCCCGCCGCACGUCGUCCCUGUCCUCCUCCCCGACCCCCGCUGCCCAGUCCCCUACGAACCCCCCGUGAGCUCCGCCGUUCGUCCCCUCCCUUCUUCUCUGAUUCGCAUCGCCAUCGCCCGCCUGUGCCUCGACGCUGCCGAGCCCGGACCUGCUCCGGACGAACCCGUCACCCCUCCCUCACCGCGCCUUCGCCACCGCUGGCCCACUGCUGCGCCCCUCCCCGCUGCUACCUUGCUGCAGCUCGCAUACCGGCGCCCCGACCGCGCCCUACCCGCCGAGCCCACGUCCCGCGGCCGAGCCGCCUGGCUCCGCUGCGUGCACGCCGCAUGCACACGCGCCCUCGAUGUGUGA